AUGGCGCCAGCCCCCAAUGAAGCUGGACGGCUCGCGGAAGCAGAGGCAGCAGCGAAGACGAGCCCAGCCAAAGCCCAGAAGAUAUACCAGGAGGUGAUUGCUGAAGGCCCGGGAUCCAGCGAGGCCGCAUCUAGAGAGUAUGAAGUUGCUUUACUAGGCCUGGGGAAGCUUUAUCGAGAUCAGAAGAAACCGAACGAGCUCGCGGAGCUACUCAAAACAAGCAGAUCCUCAUUCUCCUCAUUUGCAAAGGCCAAGUCAGCGAAGUUGGUCCGCCAGCUCCUCGACUACUUCACCGAUAUCCCAAACACACUCGACAUUCAGAUUGCCGUCAUCAAAUCGUGUAUAGAAUGGGCCGUAUCUGAACGACGAUCAUUUCUCCGACAGAAUCUCGAGACCAGGCUUGUUGUGAUAUACAUGCAGAAGCAAACGUACUAUGAUGCCCUUACCCUAAUCAACUCGCUUCUCCGCGAACUUAAGCGCCUGGAUGAUAAACUUGUGCUUGUGGAGGUUCAGCUGCUGGAGUCUCGCGUUUACCAUGCCCUUGGUAACCAGCCAAAGGCCCGCGCUGCAUUAACUUCAGCUCGAACAUCAGCAGCAUCCGUCUACACCCCACCUCUACUGCAGGCUGGCUUGGAUAUGCAGAGUGGAAUGCUACAUGCCGAGGAUAAGGAUUUCAAUACCGCGUUCUCCUACUUUAUUGAAGCUCUUGAGGGUUACCACGCCCAGGAGGAUGCCAGCAAGGCUACCUCUGCCCUACAGUACAUGCUCCUAUGCAAAAUAAUGUUGAACCUGGGGAACGAUGUCAAUACCUUGCUGGCCUCCAAACACGCAAUUCGAUAUGCUGGCACAAGCCUAGAAGCCAUGAAGGCUGUUGCCCGUGCACACUCGAACCGAUCGUUGGAGGAAUACGAGAAAGCCUUGUCCGACUACAGAUAUGAGCUCGGCAGUGAUGUCUUCAUCCGAAACCAUCUCCGAAGGCUCUACGAUGCCAUGUUGGAGCAGAACCUGAUCAAGGUCAUUGAACCUUUCAGCCGGGUAGAGAUUGCCCAUAUUGCAAAGAUAGUGGGUUUGGAUACGCAGCAGGUUGAGAAGAAGCUGUCGCAAAUGAUCCUUGAUAAAGUGAUAAUCGGCGUUCUUGACCAAGGUGCCGGCUGCUUGAUCAUCUUCGACGAGGCGGAGAGGGACAAGGGAUACGAUGCUGCGCUUGAGACCAUCGACAGACUCAGCACAGUGGUAGAUCUUCUGUACACUAACAAAGCUUCUUUACUAGAGUAG